ACUCCUUAAUUGAUUCUCCGAUUAAUGAGUCUUGACCGAUUAGGGCGAGGGAUAGGAUUGUAAGUUGCAACCCAUGGUUAUCCUUUACCAUGGUUAAUUCUUUAACUCUAGUUAAUCGCGGGUUUGGUUAUCACUACACCCUAUAAAAUGGACAUCACAACAUCGCUCAUUUUCAUCACCUAUUUAUUUUUCCCGUAAACUUCUCAGCAAGACAUUCACGUUGCACUUCUUAUGGUCGUUUUUUCGACUAUUUCCUUUGUUUCUUAUCUUUAGCAUUUUCAUUUUUCCAGAUUUCCUCGUUUCCGCAACAACAAUCUAGCUCCAAAUCUUUGAAAAAGAAAUUAAUUAGCAAAAUAGAAGAAGAUGGCAGCAAACGGGAAUGGAAACGUUGCAAUUGAGAACGGGAGCGUGAGGAACGGGCCUGGGAAAAUUCAGACACAGAAAAGUCAUAACGGGAUUUGUCACGAUGAUAGUGGUCCCACCGUGAAAGCUCAAACUAUAGAUGAGCUUCAUUCGUUACAACAGAAAAAAUCUGCACCCUCAACACCCGUUACAGGGAGUCAAACUCCGUUUGCAACUCUCUCUGAUCAAGAACGACAGAAAAUGCAACUACAAUCAAUUAGUGCAUCCCUGGCAUCACUGACAAGAGAAACUGGGCCAAAGGUUGUGAAGGGAGAUCCAGCUAAGAACCCAAAGGUUGCUCAUGUAACGCACCACCAACAUGUUGCUCCAACCAUUGCUGUUAGUGACAGUUCUUUGAAAUUUACUCAUGUUCUCUACAAUCUCUCUCCAGCUGAACUAUAUGAGCAAGCGAUAAAGUAUGAGAAAGGAUCAUUCAUCACUUCGAAUGGGGCAAUGGCAACACUUUCUGGAGCCAAGACAGGUCGUUCUCCAAGAGACAAGCGUGUCGUUAAGGAUGAUGUUACUGAAAAUGAACUUUGGUGGGGAAAGGGUUCUCCUAACAUUGAGAUGGAUGAACAAACUUUCUUGGUCAACAGAGAAAGGGCUGUUGAUUACUUGAAUUCUUUAGACAAGGUGUUUGUGAAUGACCAAUUCUUGAAUUGGGACCCAGAGAACCAAAUCAAAGUGAGGAUUGUAUCAGCCAGAGCAUACCAUUCAUUGUUCAUGCACAACAUGUGUAUCCGACCCACCCCUGAAGAGCUGGAGAAUUUCGGUACUCCAGACUUCACUAUAUACAAUGCCGGGCAGUUUCCAUGUAAUCGUUUCACUCACUACAUGACAUCUUCCACUAGCAUUGAUCUUAAUCUUGCUAGAAGGGAAAUGGUUAUCCUCGGCACGCAGUAUGCCGGGGAAAUGAAGAAAGGUCUUUUCAGUGUCAUGCAUUAUCUCAUGCCUAAGCGCCAAAUUCUCUCCUUACACUCUGGUUGCAAUAUGGGCAAAGAUGGUGAUGUUGCACUCUUCUUUGGACUCUCAGGUACCGGAAAGACUACUCUUUCUACCGAUCAUAAUAGGUAUUUGAUUGGAGAUGAUGAACAUUGUUGGAGUGAAAAUUGUGUAUCCAACAUUGAAGGUGGUUGUUAUGCUAAAUGCAUUGAUCUCUCCCGGGAGAAAGAGCCUGAUAUCUGGAAUGCAAUUAGGUUUGGUACAGUGUUGGAAAAUGUGGUGUUUGAUGAGCAUAAUAGAGAAGUUGAUUACUCUGACAAAUCAGUUACAGAAAAUACUCGUGCAGCCUAUCCUAUUGAGUUCAUACCAAAUGCAAAAUUACCAUGUGUUGGUCCUCAUCCAAAGAAUGUUAUUCUUUUGGCAUGUGAUGCAUUUGGUGUGCUUCCACCUGUUAGUAAGCUAAGCUUGGCACAAACCAUGUAUCAUUUCAUCAGUGGAUAUACUGCUUUGGUGGCUGGAACUGAGGAUGGUAUAAAAGAGCCACAAGCAACAUUUUCAGCUUGUUUUGGUGCAGCAUUUAUAAUGUUACACCCUACAAAGUAUGCAGCAAUGCUUGCUGAAAAGAUGGAGAGGCAUGGUGCUACAGGGUGGCUUGUUAACACUGGUUGGUCUGGUGGCAGCUAUGGUUCAGGAAACCGUAUCAAACUACAAUAUACUAGAAAAAUCAUUGAUGCUAUUCACAAUGGAAGCCUAUUGGAUGCUGAGUACAAAAAGAGUGAGAUUUUUGGCCUUGAGACCCCAAUUGAAGUGGAGGGUGUCCCUUCGGAAAUUCUGGAUCCUGUGAAUGUGUGGUCAGACAAAGAGGCCUACAAUGAAACACUGUUGAAACUAGCUGGAUUGUUCAAGAAUAAUUUUGAGACCUUCACCAACUACAGGAUUGGAAAUGGUGACACUCUCACAGAAGAGAUUCUUGCAGCUGGUCCAAUCUUUUAAAGCAAUGACUGUGUGUUGUAGGAUGGGAUUGUUAGGAUGGUAGAAUAAAUGUGACCUUAGAAUAAUUAUGUACUAUAUUGGUUGGGGUGAGAUUUAUAUUUCUAGUUUUUGUAUGAUUGUAAUUCAUAUGUAUAUGUCACAAAUGUUCUGCUAGUCUUUACAUUUGCUGUCUUACAUUAUUAUAUUCUUAUUAUUUUAGUCAAUGGCAUCUCCUUUAUUCUUUAA